AUGCAUUGCAAAAAAAAUAGUCAUUUAGGAUCUGCUUCCAAAAAAAACAUGCAUAAGUCUGAUAUGCUGAUCACUCAAAACCACAUUUCGACAUUUACAGCUGUAGAUUAUUGUGAUGAAGUUUUGUAUGCCGGCGUGUCCGUCAUGUCAGGGAACUAUUGGUUUGGCGGACUUUCAAUAGAUGACAUGAGCAGAAAAGAUUGUUUUUCUCUAAAAACGCACAAUCCUUCCUCCGAAAUUGAUUUGAGAAAGCAUGGUUCACAUAUUUUUCUUUCUUUUGCUGACGCUGCUUCAAUCGCUUCUGUUGCUGCUAUCCCUUCACUUGCAAAGAGCAAACAGCUUGCUGCCAUAAUAGGCCUAGAUGAUGGAUCAAUACAGCUUGUGAUAUCAAGUGAUUCUAAAAUGGUAAAUAUAUCAUAUUAA